AUGCUGGCAGAUUUGAUCCAAGGCAGUGGCCUACUUCCUAUCCUGAUAGGUGCUGUGGUCACCAUCCUCCUAUCUUACAUUCUCGCCUGGACAAUACGAGCAUCACCACUGCACCAUGUUCCUGGGCCGUGGUUGAAUAGAUAUUUUGGCGUUAGCAUCGCCCUUGCUGACAUACGGGGGCGCCGUGGCCAGCAGUGCCUUGCAUGGCAUCAACAAUACGGCCCAAUCGCCCGUAUUGCGCCGAACCAGGUUUCCAUUGCCUCGUUGACAGCUAUCCACGAGAUCUAUAGCUCCACCAGUCGCGCCGACAAGAGUGCCUUCUUUAACAACUUCGUCGCAUUUGACAGCCGGUCGGUCUUCACGACCCUUUCCUUUCCAGACCACAAGCGCAAACGCGCCGUCGUCUCCGCGUUCUUCCAAGGCUCAAAUAUCUACGGGCAACCGGCCAUUGAGUCCUUCAUCCGCAGCCAUGCGUUUGCCAUCUUGCACCAGAUCGAGGGAAGCGUUCAAGGAGAAAAACCGAUCGAGUUCUACCCACUUGCCGACUGGUAUGCAUUCGAUAAUAUCACCAUGCUUGUCUUUGGUUCUUUGCAUGCAUCUGCAGCUACCAAGCGGCCAUGCGAAGAGCGCGGGAUCUUGCGCAACCUGAAGCGAGCUCAAGCAUGGGCCCCCAUCCGCCAACGCUUUCCAUGGCUAAUCCGACUUGUGAAGAUCGUCACCAGUGUCUCUGGGGGGGAUACGGCCCGAUUUGAUGCGGAAAGGCAUCUGGCUCGAUGGACGUAUGACCGCACGCUGCGCACGCUACAUGAUCAUCGCUGUCUGGUUGGGUUUGACUGUCUAGUCGUCUAUUUGGCUAGAAAGCUGGGACUCGACCUCGGACCAGGCAGUCUGCAGGAGUCCCACGGCAACCCUGCCCAUGAAUCGAUACAGUAUAUUGCAGCAGAAGCUCUGGACAACAUCAACGCAGCAGAGGCAUCGGUUGCCGCAACGAUUACCUAUAUGAUUUGGUAUAUCAGUACCCAUCCUGAAUGGCAGCAGAGACUCCGAACAGAACUUCUGGCACUGUCGGUAAAGGCGGACGGCCUGCCAAGCUUUAGCGAUAUCGAUCGUGCUCCCAUCCUUGAUGCGUGUCUUAAAGAAGUGUAUCGCCUGAAGCCGGCCAGUGGCGGGCGUGCCGAGCGUGUCAUCCCCGCUGGCGGCUGCGUUGGAUCAAACGUAUAUCUCCCGGAAAAGACGGUUGUUGUCGCUUCGAUUGCCGCUGUUCACACCGAUCCUAGCUUGUUUCCCGAUGCAUUCAAAUUUUGCCCUUCGCGAUGGCUGCAGAAGGAUGAGGCUACAAGGGCCCGCCUGAAUGCAUCCAUUAUGCCGUUUGGAUAUGGGGCACGGGUUUGUCUGGGCAAGGUAAUGGCGAACAUGGAGAUCAAACUCCUGCUGGCCGCGAUUCUUCUGCGGUACGAAAUUGCCCCCGCUGGAGCACAGACGGGCAUAUGGAUGAAGCAGGCUGCUGCACGGGAUGGGGUCCGGAGUGGGCUCAAGGGAGAGUUUCAUUUCCGACAUUUGCCUGCGCAGGGUCGCCAGGUCGCCAAGAAUGAGGUGAUGUAG